AUGAAUUCCGACAAAAAAGGAGUCGUCAAGUUAUCUGACGGCUGGGUGCUUUGCACAUCGAAAUCAAAUCCUGGUAGAAAGUAUUAUUUUAAUAAGAGGACUGGUAAAUCGUCAUGGACCCAACCACAGGCUACCGAAAAGUCUGAAAGGAAACAGAAAAACAAAAAAGAGAAAGUAAACAGAGAGAAGAUUAAGAAGGAAGAAGCACAGAAGAGUUUAAAGAGGAAAAGCGAUGGCAAUGAAAGUCAGGAAUUGGCAAAUAAAAAGCAUAAAAAGGAAAUUGCAGUCACACCAUCAAAUCAGAGAGUUAACAGCCAAUCACCACUCAAACCUAGCCCUAGUACUAAAGAGACCCCUCAGAAACGAGUAAAGAAUGCAGCAAAUCAAAGACUAUCACAGUUAAGGGCGAGGUUAUCUGUGGAAGCUCAAGAUGAUAUCACCAACAGUACAGACCAGUCCCCUAGCAAAGUGGUCAAAUCCAGCCCCACAACUAGCACACCCCCCAAAUCUGCUACCACCCCUAAACCUGCCACCACCCCCAAAUCUACCAUCACCCCUAAACCAGCCACAGAAACGAAACCCCCCAAGGUUGAAAACAAAAGUCCUGUUGCAGAAGGCAAAUGCACGACAUCACAGUCUCCAAGCAGUGACAGCUUACAGUCUGUACCUUCCCCUUCUCAGUUCUUUGCGGCUAACAAAAUAAUCUGCUCAAUGAAAGCACAAUUACCUGAAGAUGCAUACUGUGAUAAUCCAAAGCCAAAAGACACAUUUGCGGACAUUGAGCAAGGUAUUUGCAAUCAGACUUCGGAGUAUCCAUAUAUGAAGCACCCGUCUACCCCACCCCAGUUUUCACAAGCGAGCAAGCUUCUGUCUGCUAUCAAAUCUAAAUUAACUAAAGUGGCAGUGAGUAAAGAUGGGAGCUGUCAAGAAACUGUAGAGACAUAUGCCUCGGCUAGUGAAAGAAUGGAAAAAUUAAGGGCCAGUUUGUCUAGUGACCUGAUGGAAAUUGAAAGUGAUCCAGUAGUAUUAAGCAGUAGUGUAAGCAUAGAAACAAAUUGUAUGUUGAAUGAGGCAAUGGAUGUGGAUUUAAAAGAGAUAAAGCAAGUAGCAGCACCUCUAGCGAAUUGUACAAAGGAUAACAUUAGUACCGACCUUGUAUUAGUUGUGGAUACAAAUAUUUUUAUACACGAGUUGUCUAUUAUCAAGAAUGUGCUCAAUUCUAAUAUUAAAGGAUUUCCGGGGCAGCCGACACUGCUCGUACCUUGGCGUGUGGUGAACGAGUUGGACAGAUUGAAGGACAAUAAUAACUGCAACGGCGCAGUGUGGAAGCGAGCCAAGCGAGCCAUGGACUAUCUCUACAAGUCUAUACCUGAAGACAGUAGGAUACGAGGCCAACCGCUCCGCGACGCGAACUCCCACAUUUACCCGUGCGAGUCUCCCGACGACGAGAUCCUCAACUGCGCGCUACAACAGGCUGAGAGGGGGAAGACAGUGAUCCUGCUCUCAAACGACAAGAUCCUGUGCAGCAAGGCAGAAAUUAACAACGUCAGGAGUCUGUCUCUGGCUGAGCUAAACGAUCUGCUGGAGACUCCUCCUCCUCAGGAGACGGAUCCUGAUGCCUUCGACAACCUCAAGCAUUACCAAGCCACAAUAUAUCAGUUGCUAGCUAAUAUUCUAGAGAACGAAAUGCGCGCGAAAUACAACAAUUUAUGGCAGCACGUAUUGUUCAAGGCGCCCCCUUGGACGUUGGCCGACGUGCUCCAAUGUUUGCUCAAACAUUGGAUUGCCGUGUUCAAUGAGGUGUUCCCUAGGAUAGAACAUCUUAUUGUCGACUUGAAGAACUCUUUGACUUCUGUUGAUAGUAAAGAUUCAAAAUCCCUAACUGACUCCGAGGUAUCAAAUUUCAAGGACCUAUGUCUAGAAGUGGCGAAGAAAUGUCAGAUUAUUCCAGAAUAUAUGGAACUAGCGAAGGUCACGGUGGACCGGCUUCUAAAUGACCGUGCCUGUGAUGCUGAGGACGAGAAACAUGGUGAACUCAUGGUCAUAGACGCCUUCGAAAAUGUAUGGACUGUUAUGUCCAGUUUUUGUGCCAAGCUAGCGAGUCGUAUGGGCGUGGCUCACAACAUCGAGGACAAGUGGCCCGGGGACGAGCCCUUGGAGGCACUCACCACCAAACUCACACUCUUCACCAACCAGAUCUCUGCAUUCGCGCUCGCUAUUAAAGGAGUAUUAAGCUCAGAAAACCCGGAGUCGAGUAUAGAGGCUCUAGAGCAAGCAUUCCGUGACAGUUUGCAACUGAUCUGUAUGGACAACGAGUAUAUCAACAAGACUAGACUCGCCACCUUCUGCGGGAAAUGCAGAAACAUGCUCCAGGAGGCGUACACAAAGUUCGCCCAGCUGAUGGAACUAAUCGAAGUAUGUAAGAACACACUCAAUACUGCCAAUCAAUAG